AUGAAGUGCCAACCUUGCUCAACAAGUAACGGAUUAGGAUUAGCAGAAUUUUUGUUGCAUGAUUUCUGGGUGUUUUUACCAAACUUCAUCCGCUUGUUUCGGAGCCCAGUGAAACAAGCCGGCCACUUUGCUUUACUCUCGGGACUGAGACCCGGGGCGGGACAAGCCCAGCGCUGCGGACCCGCCUGUGCCCCUCCGGGGUGCGGGGAGGGGCUGGGGCCUGCUCGCCACCCCUUCCCGGCGGAGCCGCGCCGCGCCCCGGGCGGCCUUUCGCGCGCCGUGCAGGACGAUCCGCUCUACGGGCCGCCAGCGCAGCGCCAGCGGCAGGCGGCGCCGCGGCGGCAGCAGCAGCAGCAGGAGGAAGAGAAGGAGGAGGAAGACUGCCGCCGGGCCCUCUCGCCGCACAGAGGCGCAGGAGCGGAGCGGAGCCCCUCGGCCCGGCCCGGCCCGCGCGGGAGGGCGAAGGGAACUCCCCGGGUGCGACUGGACAGCUGCUCGCUCCCGCUCUGCCUCUCUCUUCCUCCCUCCUGCCUUUCCCUCCUCCUCCUCCUCCUCUCUGUGCUUUCCACCUCCCUUGCUCCCGAGUGAGCGCAGCCUCGGAUGUCCGGUUUCCUGGUGGGUUUUUUACCUGGCAAACUCCGGAUAACUUCGGUGGGAAUUUGCAAAGCGGCUGGUAAAGUUGGGAGCUCCCGCAGGCGUCUAGGAGCUGCUGCUACCCCGUCUUCUCCAUCCCACGUUUACUGCCUUGGAUAUUGCGAGGGGAGGGAGGGGGGAAAGGACAGCGAAAGAAGAGGGGGAAGGAAGACAAGGCGCCUCAUAAUUUCGCCUGCAUUCCUCAGGCGGCCCCGUCCGCGCGCGCUCUGCCAUCUUUGCACCAUGCACUUGCUGGAGGUGCUCUCCCUGGGUUGCUGCCUCGCUGCCGGCGCCGUGCUCCUGGGACCCCGGCAGCCGGCCGCCGCCGCCUACGAGUCCGGCCAGGGGUACUACGAGGAGGAGCCCGACGCGGGGGAGGCAAAGGCUCAUGCAAGCAAAGACCUGGAAGAGCAGUUGCGGUCUGUGUCCAGUGUGGAUGAACUCAUGACAGUACUUUAUCCAGAAUACUGGAAAAUGUUCAAAUGUCAGUUGAGGAAAGGAGGUUGGCAACACAACCGGGAACACUCCAGCUUUGACACAAGAUCUGACGAUUCCCUGAAAUUUGCCGCAGCACACUAUAAUGCGGAGAUCCUGAAAAGUAUUGAUACUGAAUGGAGAAAAACUCAGUGCAUGCCACGUGAAGUGUGUGUGGAUGUGGGAAAAGAGUUUGGAGCAACUACAAACACCUUCUUUAAACCCCCAUGUGUAUCCAUCUACAGAUGUGGAGGUUGCUGCAAUAGUGAAGGACUCCAGUGUAUGAAUAUCAGCACAAAUUACAUCAGCAAGACGUUGUUUGAGAUCACAGUGCCUCUUUCCCAUGGCCCCAAACCUGUAACAGUCAGUUUUGCCAAUCACACGUCCUGCCGAUGCAUGUCGAAGUUGGAUGUUUACAGACAAGUUCAUUCCAUCAUAAGACGUUCCUUACCAGCAACUCCAACUCAGUGUCAUAUGGCAAACAAGACCUGUCCAAAAAAUCAUAUUUGGAAUAACCAAAUUUGCAGAUGUUUGUCACAGCAUGAUUUUGGUUUCUCCUCUCACCUUGGAGAUUCUGACACAUCUGAAGGAUUCCAUAUUUGUGGACCAAACAAAGAACUGGAUGAAGAAACCUGUCAAUGUGUCUGCAAAGGAGGCUUGCGGCCCUCAAGCUGUGGACCUCACAAAGAAUUAGACAGAUCUUCGUGUCAGUGCAUGUGCAAAAACAAACUCCUCCCUGCUUCCUGUGGGCCCAACAAGGAAUUUGAUGAAGCUAAGUGCCAGUGUGUAUGCAAAAAGACCUGUCCUAAACAUCAGCCACUAAAUCCUGCAAAAUGCAUCUGUGAAUGUAUAGAAUCUCCUAAUAAAUGCUUCUUAAAAGGAAAGAGGUUCCACCACCAGACAUGCAGCUGUUACAGACCGCCGUGCACAGUGCGAACGAAACGCUGUGAGGCUGGAUUUUAUUUCAGUGAAGAAGUGUGCCGCUGCGUACCCACAUACUGGAAAAGACCACAUAUGAAUUAGUGAAGAGAGCACUACUUGCUGUUUUGGGGUGUAU